AUGACAACUCUUAGAUCUUUUACAUGUACCGAUCUACUUAAAAUCAAUGAAAUCAAUUUGGAUCCCCUUACUGAAACUUAUGGCAUGCCUUUUUAUAUGCAAUAUCUAGCUCAUUGGCCAGAAUAUUUUCAAGUUGCAGUCGCUCCAAAUGGAGACUUCAUGGGAUACAUUAUGGGAAAGGCAGAGGGUCGUGGAGAAAACUGGCAUGGACAUGUAACAGCUUUGACGGUUUCUCCAAAAUAUAGAAGGCUAGGAGUUGCUGCUACGCUUAUGAAAUCUCUUGAACAAAUCUCGGAAAGGAAGAAAUGUUAUUUUGUUGAUCUUUUUGUCCGUGUGAGUAACAAAAAUGCGAUAGCGAUGUAUAAGAAACUGGGAUAUGUGGUAUAUAGAACUGUGUUGGAGUAUUAUUCUGGAGAUCCUGAUGAAAAUGCAUAUGACAUGAGGAAAGCAUUAAGUCGUGAUGUAGAAAAGAAAUCGGUAAUACCUCUGGUUCAUCCUGUUAGGCCAGAAGAUGUCGAAUGA